GUAAUGAAUCCAAAACUAGAACCAAUAAUCAUGAAUUCUCACUUUGAUGCAAAUUACGAAAUCGAUACACCUACUAACUUAACAUUAACCAAUCAAGCUGAAACGAAUUCCGAGUCAAACACUAACUCUCAUUCGUAUAUAACAUUAAUAAAGAAUUCCUCGUUCAUAAAUAAAGGUUUGAGUUUUGUUGAGAAAUUUAAAAUGGGAUCAAUGUUGUCUGAAAUGAAUGCAACAAAUAAACUUCCGGUAAGCGAAGAACACGCACGAGAAUUUCCUCAUCAUCCAUCGCCGCAACAACAACAACAACAAGAAGUUACCAAAUCUUCAAUACUUUCACGGAGUGCUGAUUUGCAAACAGGAAUACGAGAUGUGUCAUUUAUUGAUCAUUCAAUUUUGAAACAAACUGAAUCUUCUUUAAAACAUGAAAAUAGUGUAAAGAAUAAGAAAUUGUUUCUUUCAAAUGAAUCGAUCCGAGAUAAUGAGGCAAUGCGGUCAAUGAGAAAAAAAUGUUCACCAUCGAAAACAGUGCGCAGACCACAUUCCGGUGAUAAAAUGAAUAUUAUUUCUCAUUCGAAAACUAUACAUGGUUGUAGAGAUAUUGCACAGAUAAGUCUUGAGGCUGCACCGAAAUCAACCAUUUCGUCAUCAUCCAUAAAUGAUGUAUCACGAGUGACUCCAAAAUCAAUGAACAAAAUUAAGUCAGGGAUUAGCAACGUCAGCAAUUGUCAAUAUGACAACUGUCCAAUCCUUAGGGAUAAUGAUCAUCCGUAUGGACGAUUUCAUGACGAUUUUAUGGAGAGCAGUAAAAGACAGCAAUAUGAUGCUUUAAAUGAGAAUACUAAUCUUAAAAUACCUACAGUAAGAAGUAUUGUUUCAACUACACCUUCUCAUGAAGUAUAUUAUAGUCAGCAUGAUAAUCCAUAUUCGAAAUAUCGGAAUAAUGUCGAUGAAUUUAAUCACUUAUCAAGAUCUUGUAAUUCUGUGUUAUAUCAUUCACCAAGACAGGGAAACUAUUAUAAAAUGACAGAUGCAGAACGAAGUAAUAAACUACUUGAUGAGUUACACAGAUUAUAUAUUCAAUUAAAAGAAGUAGAGAAUCAAAUUACUGAACGCGACUCUUAUAUACGUUAUUUACAGAGUAUUUUAUUCAGACGUGAUCAACUAAUUCAACAGCUUAUAAAACAAAUUCCUGAAUCAUAUAUUCCAGAAGAAUACUAUGAAUCAAUUAAUGAAUUAGAAGGAUACACAAAAGCAUUUCCUCCUGAAUGUCAUAAAGCAACAUUACAAAUGUAUCGUAAAGGUGUAAAACAUUAUGAUAAAUCGAAUGUACUAAGUCAAAAUGCAUCAAAAAGAUGGAAUCAGGAACAAGUAGCCAAUUAUAAGAAUAAUAGAACCUCAUAUCUUAAGGCCAACUUGUCUGGAUUUACUGAGCGGCAUGGAAAUGGUCCUGGAGAAGUUAGUCAAACAACUGAUGCCAAAUUAAUAACACCUAACACAGUUAAUACUACUAACAAUAGUCCAAUUAUUAAUAGUAAUUCUCAUAAUAAAUGUGAUCUACCAUUUAGUAAAUUGCAGUAUUCUAAAUCAGGUACACUUAUUAAUUUAAACAAUACGGAAGAAUACAAUGCAGGAGAUGUUACUGAUAGUAAAAUAACAGAUGAUAACAAAACACCGGUGAUUGGAAUGAAUUUACAAAUUAUAUCCAAAUCACGUGUAAAACGUUAUGCUAUAUCUGGUGAAUCAGAGAAAUAUCUUCCACCUCCAACAAGUCAUUUAUCAAACUGGCCUAAAAUUGAGAAGCCAGCACAUACAAAGACGUUAAUUACCCAGGCCAUUCUGAAUAAUGACUUUAUGAAACAUUUAGAUAAAAGACAAAUAUCCAAAAUUGUGGAUUCUAUGUGUCCUUUGCGCUGUGCAAGAUUGUCAUGGAUUAUACAAGAAGGUGAAGUCGGUUCGGUUGUUUAUGUUUUAGAAGAUGGUUAUGUUGAAGUACAAAAAGCUGGUGAACGUCUACGUGAAAUGGGUCCAGGCACGGUUUUUGGUGAAUUGGCUAUUCUAUAUAAUUGUACAAGAACAGCAAGUGUAAGAGCAAUAACUGAUUGUAAAUUAUGGGCAAUAGAUCGUCCAUGUUUUCAAUCAAUUAUGAUGUUUACAGGCAUCCAAAAACAAACAGAAUACGUGAAAUUCCUGAAAAGUGUCCCAACGUUUAAAGACCUGAGUUUAGAAGUCCUUGGGAAAGUGGCCGUUGUACUCGGAUCAGAACAUUAUGAACCUGAUGAGUAUGUAAUUAGAGAAGGUGAACGCGGAAACACGUUUUACAUCAUAACAGGUGGAAAAGUGAAGGUGACAAAAAAUUGUAACAGUGAAUGUAGUGAACAAUUUAUACGUUAUAUGACACGUGGUGACUGGUUUGGUGAAAAAGCGCUAACUGAUGAAGAUGUUCGUACAGCAAAUAUAAUUGCGAUGCCACCGCGUGGUGUAGAUUGUUUAAUGCUAGACAGAGAUUCAUAUAAUGUACUCAUUAAAGAUUUAGUCAGUUUCGAAAGAAGUUAUCCAGAUGAAAAACCUACCAUUAGUCAAAGAGAAAAGCAAUUUUCUGAAAUUAAGCUUAGUGACUUUACUGUUGUAUCAACAAUUGGGAUUGGUGGCUUUGGUCGUGUACAGCUGGUUUAUUUAAACAAAGAUAAACGACAAUGUUUUGCUUUGAAAAAAUUAAAGAAACACUAUAUUGUUGAAACAAAACAACAAGAACAUGUACUAAAUGAGAAAACUAUUUUAAUGGAAACAAAUCAUGAAUUUAUCGUAAAAUUAUAUCGAACAUAUAAAGAUCAACGCUAUUUGUAUAUAUUAUUAGAAGCUUGUCUAGGUGGUGAACUAUGGACAUUGUUACGCAAUUCCACAGCAUUUGACGAUUCAACAGCGAGAUUUUAUUCAGCUUGUGUAGUCGAAGCAUUGAAUUAUUUACAUAGAAAAGGCAUUGUUUAUCGUGAUUUAAAACCGGAAAAUUUACUCUUGGACAGUCAAGGUUUCUGCAAAAUGACUGAUUUCGGUUUCGCCAAACGAAUCGGAUACGGCAAUAAAACAUGGACAUUUUGUGGAACUCCAGAGUAUGUAGCGCCUGAAGUGAUUCUAAAUAAAGGACAUGAUUUCACUGUUGAUUUUUGGGCACUUGGUAUUUUAAUGUUCGAAUUACUAACUGGAACGCCUCCAUUCACUUCAUCCGAUCCAAUGAAAACAUACAAUAUUAUACUGAAAGGUAUUAAUGCAAUUGAAUUUCCAAAAUCUAUCACAAGAAACGCACAGUGCCUUAUUAAAAAAUUAUGCAGAGAUGCUCCAGCCCAACGACUUGGUGCUCGAAAAUCAGGAAUAAUAGAAGUAAAAAAUCAUGCUUGGUUUGAAGGAUUCGACUGGAACGGACUUAAUGCCAAAACUAUUCAGGUUCCUAUUACACCGAAAAUUUCCUCUCCGACAGACUUAUCAAACUUUGACAGUUAUUCAGAAGAAGAAGAAUUACCUCCAGAAGAUACAACCGGUUGGGAUAAAGAUUUUUAAAAUUUACGCACAAUAGUAAAUAAUUUGUUACUACAAUAGAACAGCAGCAACAACUCAACUGUAUGAUAAAAAGUAUUCUGUAUGAUGGAAUACAAGAGUGAUCUUCUCGAGCUUUUCAAUCAAUGGACUUUUAGCUUUCUUGUUUCUGCAAAUACAAUAGUAUUGUAAUAAUUU